AUGACGGACUCAAUGAGCAGAAUGAACUUCUUCCUUGUGACGGAUGUCAUCGUGCUUGCCUUACAAGCUCUAGCUAUUUUUUUCAAUACCAUAGUUCUUUUCGCGCUGUACAAGGUAAAGAAGAACACUAUUUCUAUCCACUUGGUCAUGUAUCUCGCUAUAACGGAUCUUCUUCAUGCUAUUGCCAUUUCAUUCUACACCAUAUACCUCAUAUUGAACUGGGACCCUGUACGAAUAGACAUGGAUCCUUACGCAGUUGUAAUCUCGGCCAUUCCUUUAACAUUCCAGCUCAAAAUCAAUAUUACCCUUACAAUAGCAAUAGCAUUGGAUAGAGUAUCGGCUCUCUACGCUCCAUUGCAAUAUAAAAUGAUUCCCGUGAAGAAAUAUGCUACUACUGCCCUCGUCACAGGCAUAAUUUUUGGUCUUUUCGAUAUCAUGGUUGAGUUCUGCAUAUCACCCAUAAGACGCAAAGUGGACUGCGCGGCAGUUGGCUGCUUUCUCAGUCUCCGGUUUCGAAGUUACUGGGGAAUCAGUAACAUGGUUCUAGGCCUGAUUAUCAUUGCGUUGACAGCCAUUGUAUUAUUAAGACUACAACAGAUGCAGACACGAUCCCGAGGAACGCGUCUCUCGCAAGCAAACGACCUUUCUAAAUUCGCAAAGGCCAACAAAUCAUCUGCCAGUUUUCUUCUUAGCUCUCUAGUUUGUCUCACAAUUCCUAGCGUAAUAGUCGGUGGAGCUCAGCUUUUUGGAUUUUCUCUGUUCGAGUAUGUUGGUCCAUUUUAUCUGGUUGGCUUGCUUUGCGCUGGUUGCAUGAAUUGCAUUGUCUACGCCCUAUUCCACUCUGGCUUGAAGAAGCACUUGAAAAGCUUAGCGAUCGAAAUGGGGAGCAAUGGUCUAAUUCGCGAUGUACAAAAGAAUAGCGGUAGUACAAAGACAUCUUCGUAUACAUCCCGAAUGCACUGUGAACUUCGGCAAUGA